ACGAAGAGAAGCUCAGCAUGUCGCCCGCCCAGCUCCCUCAGUACCAGCAGCGCCUGCCCCUCCACGUGCACCAGCAGCAACAGGUCGCGCAGCAGCAGCACCAGCUGUUGCAGCAACAGGUGGGUGUGAACCCCGCGUGCGGCGAUCGGAAGGGGCAGAAGCGGUGCUGGGAGGGCGGGCCGCGGCACCGCCAGCGGAAGAGCCGAUACAGGUGGGCGUCUUUGUCUUGCAUGCACUUGAGCAGCCUGGACGAGAGCGUGGGCGAGGCCUCGGGCUGCGACUCGUACGGCGGCUACGAGGGCGUCGAGCACCUCAAGCGCCACUCCCUCAGCCACCUGAGAGCAGCCAGCUGCGACUCGCUCUCCUGUGGGUGCAAGGGAGUGGGUGCGGGGGGCGGCGCGGGCGGGUUCGGUGCCAGGGGCUUCGGUGGCGGGAACAGGAGGCGGGUUGCCGCGCUCGGAGUAAACGGUAGACUUAACACUUGGAAUGCUUCGUGCUACGGCACUUCCUCGUGUUACGGUGGUGGAAUUAGAAACGGGAUACGGUGAUACCGUUGGUGAUGUGACGGACGACAGUUUUAUAUUCAUUGAGAAACCCCCGCUUAAGUACCAUGCAGUGUCAUGUGACGUUUUAAGGGAAGAUGGUAAGGAAACGCAAGUCACGGCUUCCGGUUUGGGGAAAGAGAAGUACCUGCCUCCGAUCGGCGAGCGGAAGACGUGGCAUGAGGACGAGGCCUUCGUGAAGCAGGUGGUGGAGGAGUACUUCAAGGACCCUCCUCCCCUCUCGGAUUCCGAGGGGAAAAAUACGAAGGGCAAGGAUGACGGGUCACCUGGAAGUCGCGAGAGGCUUUCCGGCGAGGCUGACAGUUGUAAAGAUUUGUCCACUUCGUCCUCAUCGUAUUCGUCAUCAUCAAUCCUCAUCAAGCGAAAGUGAUGACUGUGGCGACGGCGGGUCUCAGGGUGGGGCCGGCGACUGUGGCAGCCCCAGCAUAGACGACACCACGUACUGCGACGACUCUGACGAGACGACCUCGUGGUUUACGGACGACUCCCUGGGCUACGAGGCUGACGUGGAGCCCAGUGACAAGGACACUCUGGGGCACGUGUGGCGCCGGUGGAGAAGCGCGCCAGACGUACGACCCAACAGUGACGUCAGGGGUAGGUGGCUUCCCGCAGGCAGGGGGGUGUCCGCGGCCAAGAAAGGCGUCGCAGACACUCGCACGCGCGGAGGUGGAGCUAAGGCGACCCCAUAUAAACACGUGCCAGUAUGUGGGUACCAGACCCGUAAGUCGUGCAGCGUCGACGAGACUAAGUUGUCACGCCUCAGGCUGGGACUGAGGAAGGUGAAGAAACACAAACUCCUGCAGUUUAGUCACGACGACGCCGAGAGGAGGCCGAGGACCGCGCGCGUCACCUCCAGCAGGAAGACCGACGAGAGUGAGAGAGAUGUCAGUGACGUUCUGGGCAGUGCCUCAGCCCUCACGCCGCACAGCGAGGAGACGGAGGAAGAUCUCUUCCAGGGCGUCGAGAAGCUAGAGUUUGUGAAUGGUAAAUUCUCGGCUGGCACAGACAAGCCAGGGUGCAGCGGGUUGGUGUGUGAGUGUGUUCGGAGGGGGCUGCAGACUGUGGGCGCGGGCGAAAGCAGCAGGGGUGGGCGUGGUACGAGUGUAGAGGCGGGGAGUGUAGAUGACAGCACCACAGAGAGAACGCAGCGGGUGCUCUCGCAGGGCCUGGUGAUCCACCAUUCCGCUAACACUGAGGCGGACAUACUCAAUGGAAGUCUCAUAAGGAACGCUCUUAGUAUACUGCGAGAGGAACAAAAGUUGCAGACCCUGCCAGAUCCAGCCCCUGCGCCCCCAGGUGAGGGCACAAGUGAGGUGAGUGAGGGGAAGGGGGCGGCGACAGAGGCUCCGGCGCCAGAACAAAGCCCUCCCGAGGACGCCUGCACAAAGGCACCGCAAGAACAGACUGAAGAUGUGGCUAGUAGUGCAGUGCCCCUCCAGGACGAAAUGAACAAGGUGAACAUCACCAUCCACCUCACUCCACCGCUCCCCCGGAGGACAGGUGGGGAGAGCGGGAUGGGGGGCGCCCCCUCCCAGCCUCUUGCACACCAGCACCAAGCGUUCCCCAGUGUGGCCGGCGCUGGCCAGCAUGUGCCUAGAGUAACGCAGUGUGUUCCAGUGAGUGAAGCAUCGAGAGUGAACGAGUGUGAGCAGAAGGGCGGGAACUCAAAGGUGAGCAGCAUCGUCACUAUGAGAACGUGGACGCCUUCGGCGUGCGGGGGGACGACGGGGCCGCAGCAAGCGGUGGCAGUGCUGAGGCAAGGGGCGAUUGCCACAGCAGGUCGAGUGUCACCCAGAGCCGUGGCCCCUCCGAGGCUGCCAGGACGCUCCACUAGUGUGGAUUCCCUUUUGAAAAAUUCUCGUUAUCCUGAGACACCUGAGUCGAGGACGAGUUCCUUGUCGUCUUCUAGCGGCCAGAGUAGUUGUUGUCACGGAAGGUCUAGGUGCAGGACAAAGUCGUCGGGGAACAAGAGCCAGCCACACACUCCCAGCCAAGGGCACCGUCACCCCAGCGCCCCGAGAGAGGGCUCCGGCACCACAAGUUCCGCCUCAAGUAAGGUUUUCGGCGCAGAGUUCCACGUGCAUCGGGUUCAGGUGGGCACGGGAAGCGACCGCAAGUUCGCACAGGCGACCCAGCGGUCUGUGCUGGAAGUCCCUGUGAGUGGCACAGAGGAGGGCCAGGUAGCUACAGGAGGGCGAGGCCGAGACGCAAACCUUCAGAAGAGCGAACUGGUUCUCGAGCCGCCGAAAUCGCUGGGGACACACCCUGGCUCCUCCCCCCGCCACCCCACCUUCCUGACUGCAACCUUCCCCACCUCCAAGACAUGCAUAUCGGAGUACAACAUCGGGGACACUAAACCACAAUCUCCAGCAAACUCUCCCGGCUUAUUCAGCGAGGAGAUGAAGCAUUCUGUAAACAAGACCAAGAAUAAUAAAGCAGUAGGAGUACCCAAAGAAGAACACGUAGAGAAAAAAUCAGGCAAAAGUGACUCUAAGAGCAAAUCUAAGUCUAAGCCUCGAAAAUACUUCUCCGGUAUUUUGAAUGCUUUUGGUUCCGCCGCGCCCCGAUUUAGAGGCGCGGGAUCAUCAUCAGAUGCCAAGGGAGAGAGCAAGGAGCGGAGUCAGAGCAAGAAGGUUGUGGCAGACGGUGAGGGUGGUCGUGCUGUCCCGCCCCAGAACACACAGACAUCUGAUCUGACAGCCGCCGCCGCAGGUCGUACUCCAAGUGGGUUGUUGGAUGCAAGCUCCUCCGACAGGACCUGUGACGCGGCAGCCAAGGGUAGUGCGCUGUGUAACAAAGCCGGUGCGCCGGAGUCUAUAAGCGAAGCAUUACAGGUAAGGGAGACUAAACAUAGUAGCCUUGGUGCCUCAGAAUACCGUCAUCGUAGUGACGUCGCCCCGAUACCCAGUCCGCGGCCACGACGCGCCCGCAAGAAUAGUCAUGACUCAGCAGACAGCGUCGCGCCCACACCACCCACCCGCCGCAGAAAUCCUGGGGAAAACACCGGCAGACCAGCUGUAGAUGGUGGCAGUAAGGAGUUGGAGAAUCUCGAGAGUCCCCGCACGAGCCCGCGAGUGCGCCGUGGACGAGAGCCAAGGGAGCCAACCACCCCGUCAGCGGAGAAGAACUUCCGGCGCCAGCUGCCCACACUCGCACCGCAGCCUGGCCUCAUUAACACACCUGGGACGCCACCCGCCCCCACGGCUCUGCAAGCCUCUUACGAAAAUAUUUCUUUCCACGAGAGGCAUUCUUUCAGCAAGCGGGAUGUACCUGUAGGAACGCAGAGGCGUGAUUUUGGGGAGAAGGCUGGCGGGGGGACGCGCCAAGGCACAUGUCCUUCGUUCCCCUCCAGGUCCUCGAGAGCAGCGGACACGCCUCGCACCACUAAAUCACACAGGAGUUCUAGGUCAAGUAAAAACUAUACCUGUUCUGGCGGUUCGAAUAAUGGGACGGCGGGGGGGAACAACGUAGCGGCAGAGCAGAAGAACCAAGCCAAUGAGGGCAGUGGGAAGGCAGAGGGCGCCCCACGAGACAGCGCCAGUGCUCCCGCUGGUGGAGCGACAGGGACAGGCGGAGGAGGAGGUCGAGUAGAAUGGUUUCCCCGCGGUGGGUCGAGUGGGGGAUCAGGAACGAGUGAUACAACACCGUCUUGGCGACGCCGGCGAUCGCGCCCCCCUACUCUGCCCACGACACCGCCACAGACCUCCCGAGUUCGCAGAUCCUCCCAGUCGUCGGCCACGUCGGGUGGGUCACUGACCUCGUCCCCAACCCGAUGGAGGCGCCCCCAGGCUGAGGAUACAUGGGAGGGGACCAGCGACGAGGGCGGAAGAGAAAGCAGCCACUCGAGGUCCCCGUCUUCUGGGUCUGUAGCCUCAGAGUCCACUUCGUUUUACUACAGUGCGGUAGGGUCCACCAUGUACGAGCGUCCGAAGUCGCUGUUCGAGGAUGACACGGCCAGGUACUCCUUUGUGACGUGUCCUCAAUACGAGCCUGUGCAGUCGGGAGACGUGGAAAGUAGUUUUACCGUCCCUGUGCCUGAUACCUCGUCCAACAACAACCUUCCGAGAACCAUCAGUGGCGACCUUAACUGUGACAUUGACAUCAGUCUGACCGAGGGGGAGAUAAAAGUCCGUGUAAGGACAGAGGAUGAAGAUGUGGUUUCGUCCACUCCUAUACAAGUUGUCCAGUGAAGAACAAGCGCAGGAGGACCAAAAGGAGGGUGGUGGCGUUGGAGGCGAGGGAGAGGUAAUAGGAGACUGCGGCGUGGUUCAUGCCGUUCCUUGCGUAGCUGUCACGGACUCUUCGAACAGAUCGAGCCUUUCCAGCUCUUACGGAAAGCCAACAUUCCGCGGGAAGUACCUGGACUCCCUCGGGCGUCGCGAGGUGGGGAAGAGGGAGAGCGGCCUCGUGCACGCCUCCCCCUGCUGGGCCACGACGGACUCCGACGUCAGGUCCAGCGUCUCGAGCACAGACUUCUAUAGCAAGGUCUGCAUAAAACCCACGCACACGCAGCGAACGUACGAACCGCAGUACGUGAACGUGCAACCGACGGAGGAGGCAGCAGCUAUCGACGAUGCAGCGUCGGAUUCUUCUCAGCCGGAGAAACGGAGACUCUCCGGAGUGUGGUCGAUCGACGGGGACACGGACCGCGAAAGUGACCCCGAAGAUAAACAAAGUUCCACGAAUGAAAUCUCUCGAGAGGACUUGCAAAGAAAGGUGGAAGACAUCAGCUUAGACGAUAGUAAGGAGGACGCUAAUCGCAUGACCGAAUCCUUCGCCAGCAGUCACCACGGCGAGGAGUGCUAUGCAACCGAGGAAGUCGAAUACGGCCCAGAAGAGGCGGUCUUGCUGAUCGAUUCUUCUAGUCCUCCUCACGAGCAGCCCUUCCUAACCGAGCACGAGGUGGCAGACCGACCUCCUGACGGCUUCAACGAGGCCAGCAUGGGCGAAGCGUGGGACCAACACGCGCGGGCAUGGGAGUGGCACAAGUCAGUGUGGGAGGUCGCUGUUGUCAGACGUCAUGUCGUGCCUCGGUGGCGGCUGGGGCAUGUCGGCGCCGUCGUGGUGCCACCACCCGUACCCCGAAGCAAAACCGGGAUGCCAGGACAGGAAGUCCGACGGGCGCCUGCAGGAGAGUCCCACUCCAGACUGCAGGUGGUCAGGCCACUUUGACGAACCUCCUUACCAGCCCGCCCCGGGGAAGCCUCCCCCCUCCCCGUUGCCUCCUUCAGGAACGCAGAAGAGCCGCGACACGUCCUCGCAGCCUCGAGAAGGUUCACGCUCUCAGACCCGCCAGAGGUCGAGGUCACGGCGUCGCGCGCAUUCGGCCAAUGCGAAGUACCGAGUCGAGCUGGAAAUCCCACCCCACUUGCUGUCACGACCACGCCCCUCGUCUUUCACGAACCUGGUCACCAGAAGACCCGGCAGCCAUUCCCCUGAACCCCUCGAAGACGAUUUGGGUCAAGAAACUCUCCUGUACCUCUCGGGCGCAGCCACCGGGAACACCGCAGAGGCGAACCGACGCCGGUACGAGCAUGGGUCCCGACACCCGGCCGGGACGUCCUGUGUGGUGAUUGACGUGUGUGAAUGCGUGCUCUUGGGCGCCAUGGUUUGGGUGCUGCACGGCGCGAGGGAUGGGAAGGACCUUGGUGAGCAGCGGCUGUGGGCGUCGUGGGUGCCCGCUGCUGCCUUCGAGGCCGGUCAGUGGGUGGCGGCGCCCUUCUCCUGGCCUCAAGGGACCUGCCCUCUGCCCCGCCAAGGGCACCACGCCCGCGGCCAGUAUGGGCGCCGCGAAAGCAUGUCCACUUUCGACAGUAGGACAGUUUUCGAGGAGAUAGCCCGGCUCCACGGCGGGAGACUCGCAGGAAACCACCACGUCCGCGAGAAGCCCUGGCGGCCGGAUGACGGCUCUGCCCUUCCUGUGGCGGAUCUCGCAUUCAAGGACAAAGAGGCGCCCUCGCGUCCUCCGCGCCAGGGCCUCCGACAGGGGCCACCUGUCAUCUGCCAGGGGCGUGAAGACGAGUGUCACGAGGAACAGAAGGACAGGCCAGGGUGGCGCUGGUCCCAAGUGUGGAGCCGCGCGUGGCCUCCUCCGUGGGGUGUCAAGGACCUCGGCUGUGUUUCAGGCUGGACGGACACGCUGCGGGCGGCAUCUCUGCCCGCAUGCAGUGCAGCCGCCGUGGCGCAGCGCCUCCGCAGCAUCGACUUGCGGGAUUUCUUUGGGCAUUUAUCUUGUUUUGCGGAAAGGAAAGACCCGGAGUGUGAGAGCUCACCGGGCGGCGGUGGGGCCCUGUUGUGGUGGGCCGGCGGGUGCCUGUGUGGGAGGGGGGGCGGCACUCAGAGCCCAGAAGCCCGACCUACGUACAAAGGGCUGCAUGACCUCCUCGACCCAGCAUCCCUCCUCUCCAAAAUACCCAGACCUGGACAACUCCUUGACCUAGACUGUCGUGACCUAUUGACCUACCUGCCAAUACUCACAAUAAAAGGACGACUCAAAACCCUAAGGAUGUACAUGACCGACAAAAUCUUUAGGUUGGCAGAGCGAAGGAAGGACGAGGGCAAUGAGCAGUACAAGGCCAAGGAGUACCGCGAGGCCCUCAAGCUCUACACGCAAGCUAUUGAGCUAUGUCCAGAUUGUGCAGCGUAUUACAGCAACCGGUCAGCAUGUUACAUGAUGCUUGGCAAGUACAAUGAGGCCCUCAAUGAUGCCAGAGAGGCCGUGCGAUUAGACAAAAAUUUUGUCAAGGGGUACGUUCGCGUUGCAAAAUGCAACAUUGCCCUCGGUGAUGCUAACGCAGCUCUGUCAGUGCUGCGUCAGGCAGGAGAGCUUGAGCCCAACAACAAAGCAAUCCGUGACGAAAUCAACAAUGCUCAGGCCCUUAUCCGCUGCAAUGAUGAAAUUGAGAAAGCAACCACAAAGGGUGAUUACAGGACGGCCAUUUUCCACUUGGAUCGAGCACUGGAUCUAGCUGUUGGGUGUCGAAGCCUUAAGAUCACAAAAGGAGAAUAUCUGGUGUUCCUUCAACGAUAUGCCGAUGCUCAGGAGAUAGUCAAUGAGAUUCUCCAAUACGAUAGUGGUAAUGCUGAUGCCAUCUACGUUAGAGGAAUGUGUCUUUACUACCAGGACAAUGCAGAGGCAGCUUUCAAUCACUUCCAGCAUGUUCUGCGGUUAGCGCCUGACCAUCAAAAGGCUCGUGAAAUUUACAAGAAAGCAAAACAACUCAAAUUGAAAAAGGAAGAAGGCAAUGAGGCUUUCAAGAGAGGAAACUUCCAGGCAGCUUUCACUCUUUACACAGAAGCCCUUGCCAUUGACCCCCUCAACAAACACACAAAUGCCAAGCUGUACUUCAAUCGUGCCACAGUGGGAUCUAAGCUGAACAAACUCGAAGAAGCCAUCGAGGAUUGCACAGCAGCAAUAAACCUAGAUGAAGGUUACAUAAAAGCCUACCUCCGACGUGCCAAGUGUUACCAGUCAUUAGAGAAACACGAAGAAGCUGUCAGGGAUUAUGAAAAAGUUGCAAAAUUAGAUCGUAGCCAAGAACAUAAACGGUUACUACAUGAAGCCAAGAUUCAGUUGAAGAGGUCAAAGAGGAAAGAUUACUACAAGAUUCUUGGAGUCAACAAGAAUGCCUCAGAUGACGAGAUAAAAAAAUCGUACCGAAAAAUGGCAUUGGUACAUCAUCCAGAUCGCCAUGCUAAUGCAACUGACAAAGACAAGAGAGAACAUGAAAUCAAGUUCAAGGAGAUUGGUGAAGCUUAUUCAGUGUUAACUGAUGCAAAGAAGCGAGCCCUCUAUGACCGAGGACAUGAUGUCAAUGAUCCUGAUGCUGGCUUUGGACAUGAUGCGGAUAUUGAUCCAAACCAGAUUUUCCAAGCCUUCUUCGGAGGUGGUCAUGGAGGCUUCAGCUUUGGUGGCCAACAUGCAGGCUUCCAGCAGGGAGGUGGCUUCCCAGGUGGUGGCUUCAACAGCGGCAGCUUCCCUGGAGGUUUCCACUUUCAAUUUGGCUAAAAUGUGCA